AUGGCACAGCGGAGAGGCCAGCCCGCCCUGCUCCUGCUCCUCCUGCUCCUCUGCCACUGCAUGGACGACCACACGGUGCAGGCUGGGAAUUGCUGGCUCCGGCAGGCGAAGAACGGCCGCUGCCAGGUCCUCUACAAAACUGAUCUCAGCAAGGAGGAGUGCUGCAAGACGGGGCGCCUGACCACCUCGUGGACAGAGGAAGACGUCAACGACAACACGCUUUUUAAGUGGAUGAUUUUUAAUGGGGGAGCCCCAAACUGCAUCCCAUGCAAAGAAACAUGUGAGAAUGUGGACUGUGGACCCGGGAAGAAAUGUAAAAUGAACAAGAAGAACAAACCUCGGUGUGUUUGUGCUCCGGAUUGCUCUAAUAUCACUUGGAAGGGCCCCGUGUGUGGCUUAGAUGGGAAAACCUACAGGAACGAGUGUGCCCUUCUCAAAGCCAGAUGUAAAGAACAGCCCGAACUUGAAGUCCAGUAUCAGGGCAAAUGCAAAAAGACCUGUAGGGAUGUUUUAUGUCCGGGCAGCUCCACCUGUGUGGUUGAUCAGACUAAUAACGCCUACUGCGUGACGUGUAAUCGCAUCUGCCCGGAGCCUACCUCCCCCGAACAGUAUCUCUGCGGGAAUGAUGGCAUAACCUACGCCAGCGCCUGCCACCUGAGGAAAGCCACCUGCCUCCUGGGCCGCUCCAUUGGAUUAGCCUACGAAGGGAAAUGCAUCAAAGCCAAAUCCUGUGAAGAUAUUCAGUGCAGCGCUGGGAAGAAAUGCUUGUGGGAUUUCAAGGUUGGCAGAGGCCGAUGCGCCCUCUGUGAUGAGCUGUGCCCCGAGAGCAAGUCGGACGAGGCGGUGUGCGCCAGCGACAACACGACCUACCCCAGCGAGUGCGCCAUGAAGGAGGCGGCCUGCUCCAUGGGCGUGCUGCUCGAGGUGAAGCACUCCGGAUCCUGCAACUGAAUCUGCCAAUAAAACCUGAGCCAUUGAUUCUUCAGAACUUUCUGCAGUUAUGACUUCAUAGAUUAUGUAUAAAAAAAACCUUAUUGCAUAACAGCAGAUGCCAAAGAGCAUCUCACUACAAGUCGCAUAAAAUGCAACGCUGUAUUAUGGCUGUUCAGAGGGCUUUGAAAACAUGCACUGAGCUGCUUCUGCGCUGUUGUUGUCCUUAUUUAAACAACAGCUCCCCUGUAUUCCCCCAUCUAGCCAUUAAUGAAGACCCAGAGGAAGAAGAGGAAGAUGAAGACCAGGACUACAGCUUUCCUAUAUCUUCCAUUCUAGAGUGGUAAAACCUCCAUCACUAUUGGAACAGCCAUUGGGCACGAAAUCAAUGUCCAUACUGUAAAUAAGUGUAUGCUUAUUUAUUUUGGGGAGAAAAAAAAAAGUAUACAUAUAGUUGAGUCUCGUAGACAUUUAUUUAUACUGUGUCAUGUUUUAUAAUUUAUACAUAAAAUGUCUGGUUGACUGUACACCUUGUUUUUUGAAGAAAUUUAUUCGUUACGGGAAGAGCAGUGUUAUUUAUUGUGAGGUCUCUUGCUUGUAAAGUAAAGCUUUUCUUUUUUUUUUUCUUGUAAACUAUAAAAGUCCAUUCCUUAGAGCUUACCCACAUGAUUUCAUCUCUUUGUUUCACUGAUGUUAACUCCUUUCCACUUUAACAAACUUGCAUGUCGGUUUCUGUUAUGUUUAUUUAUUGGAUUUUCUUCUUGCCGGUUCUGUACAUAAAAGAUCCCUCGGGUUUUUGUUUACAAGGAAUCUUGACUGACCAAAAGGCGUUGCAACUGACUUAAAUAUGCUUCCAAGGUGCAGUGAGGCGAUCUUUAAGGAAACUUCUUCCACUUCACUUUUCUCUACUUCUGAUCACAUCAUGUACUGAAGUGAUCUCAGUGUGCUGAGCAUAUAUACUGUACUAUAAGAAUUCCGGACCCAAAGAAAUCGGAUUAUGAAGGUUGUUAAUAGCUACAUGGCUAACUGUAAUAAGAAUAAAGUUUCUAUUUUAUUGUUUUAUUUUUUUUUGUAAGAUGCAUAAAUGUGUUAUCACGUGUUUCC